AUCCCAUGAUAUGACGACGAUUGAGUUGCAUCGCCAUUCAUCACAUAAUACGACGCUUCUCUUUCGUGUAUAUAUAGAUUUGUUUUGUCUAUAUAUUCGUAUACGGUAUCCGUGCUACAAUACAAUUUCAAUCAUUCAUCGACUGAACUCACUUUCUUACAUACUCUAUAUAGUUCUCCUCUCCUCGUGUUAUUUCACAGCUCUUGCUUCUAAAUAUCAUUUUUACCUUAAACAAUAAUGUCGGACGAGGAUUCACAGACACAGAAGAAGGUGUUUGACGCGGAAACGGCGUCGUCGCUGGUGAAGGAGUUGAGGAAGAACUUUGGUUCGGGAAAGACGCGGAGUUAUGAAUGGAGAGUUUCGCAGGUGAAGGCUCUCUUGAAAGCGAUGACUGAUAACGAAGAGGAAAUCGUCGAUGCUCUUCGUUCAGACCUAGCCAAGCCUUCACUCGAAACCGUCGUGUACGAGAUUGGAGUGAUUAAAAGCUCGUGUGAAGGGAUACUGAAGGAAUUGAAGCAUUGGAUGACGCCAGAAAAGGUCAAAACAUCAAUCAGAACUUAUCCUUCUUCAGCCGAAAUAGUACCUGAACCGCUGGGUGUUGUGUUAGUCAUCUCUCCAUGGAACUAUCCAAUGUUGUUGGCCCUUGAUCCAGUCCUCGGAGCUAUAGCAGCUGGUAAUGCUGUGGUUCUAAAGCCAUCAGAAAUUGCUCCAGCCACAUCAUCACUACUAGAAAAAUUGAUAGAGAAGUAUAUGGAUCAAUCAAUUGUAAGAGUUGUCCAGGGGGCAGUCGAUGAAACAACUGCCCUAUUGCAGCAAAAGUGGGACAAAAUUUUCUACACAGGUAAUGGAAAAGUUGGAAGAAUAGUGAUGACUGCUGCUGCAAAACACCUUACACCAGUUUUGCUGGAGCUUGGAGGAAAAUCUCCCGUUGUCGUUGAUUCAAAUAUCAACUUGAAGGUAGCAGCAAGACGAAUAAUUUCUGGCAAGUGGGGAUUGAACAAUGGACAAUCUUGCAUUUCUCCCGAUUAUGUUAUAACAACAAAAGACUAUGCUCCUAAGUUGGUGGAUGCCCUAAAGACUGAAUUGCAGGAGUUUUACGGUAAGAAUCCGUUGGAAUCGGAAGAUUUGUCACGAAUUGUGAGUUACAACCACUUUGCUCGUUUGUCAAAGCUCUUGAAUGAUGAUAAGGUUUCUGGGAAGAUUGUUUAUGGAGGUGAAAAAGAUGAAAAUAAACUAAGGAUUGCUCCCACUAUUCUAUUGGAUGUUCCGCGAGAUUCUCUGAUAAUGGGUGAGGAGAUAUUCGGUCCAUUGCUUCCCAUCAUCACGGUCAAUGAACUUGAAGAAAGUCUAGAUGUAAUCAACUCAGGAGACAAGGCCCUUGCUGCAUAUAUAUUUACAACUGACAAGAAGUUCAAGGAGCAGUUCGUAAAGAAUGUUUCAGCUGGGGGUUUGCUUGUCAAUGACACUUCCAUACAUGUUGUGGUUGAUACUUUGCCAUUUGGGGGAGUUGGAGAGAGUGGAAUGGGUGCAUACCAUGGCAAGUUCUCCUUUGAUGCUUUUACACACAAAAAGGCUGUUCUUUAUCGCAGUUUUGCGGGUGAUUCGUCGUCAAGGUACCCACCGUACACGGAUACAAAGCAAAGAUUGAUGAAGGCUCUCAUCGCUGGUAGCUUCCUUGGCAUACUUCGUGCUCUUUUUGGAUGGUCCUAAGCUUAUUUUGCCUCCAAAACCAGCUGUUGUUGAUGUCUUCUUCGUGAUUGUGUUAGGUGUCUUGUAGGUGUAUUGUGGUAAUGCCUUAUAGAGGCUUUACAGGUUGUGAUGGUGUGAAUAUAUAUAUAUAUAUAUAUAUAUAUAUAUAUAUAUAUAUAUAUAUAUAUAUAUAUAUAUAUAUAUAUAUAUAUAUAUAUGUUCGUGUGUGUCUGUGUGUACUAUGAACAAUUAUGCUCACGAAAGCAAAUAAGGCAAGCUCUUAGGUAACACAAUCCAGAUUGUGAUACCGGUUCGGUCUCUUAUGUUAGUGUUUGUGCUGUGAGUCUGUGGUUAUUUUGGUCUGUGUUUCUUAUAAGAACAAAAUAUCACUUCCCAUGAUA